AUGGCGAUGCGCAAAAACAUUGUGUUUCACGAGCCGAAACGCGUAUCCGAAACAGAAUGGCAGUACCCCGAGACUGGCAGCAUAUGGGUACAUGUCCCCACCGGAUGGCGAAGUCCCGAUGAAUUUUUGGACUGGUGCAAGCAGCUCAACGCCAAGUUAGACACUACUAAGCGAUAUCGCGUGUCGCAAUCAGGGCUAACGCGCACAUUUUCCGUGCUAUCAAUCUGCGGUCUAACAAGUCAGAGCCAGGCGUUCAUGCGGUCUGAAAGCCUGCGAGUCAUUGAGAUUCCCGACGAGAUGAUUGUGGAUGUGCGGGGCAAUCUUCUGGAGCCCCUGGGAAUCCGCAAUCGCGAUGGCAUCACCUAUUUGAACGCCGAUACCAGCACGGAAAGCAUCACAAAUACAACUACCACAGAGCCAACCACAGCCGAUACCACAGAUACAACCGCGGCCUCAAAACCAGAAACCACUGCAGAUGGCAGUUCAACGACAAGAAGCACAGCUCGCGACAAUGCUGUGUCGACCGCUGGAAGCACUACAGAGCCGCCCAACACGACGACUGCGGAACCGGCCACCAGCUUCUCCAACAAUCCAAGCCCGCCAGUGUCCCUGCUCAGUCCGAUUCCUCCAGCUGUAGAGACGAUCGCAUCGUCUACGCCCCAACAGAGUGAAAGUCCCAUUGUGCGGUCGCCUGUUGUGCGGCCCAGUGACAGUGCACCAGCUGCUUCUACAGCCGCCACUAUGGCCGAAAUAGUUGCUCCUCAGCCUGUAACAACGGAAUCCUCAUAUUCUAAACCAACAGAAGCCAUCCAGGCGGGAUUCCAGGCCAUCAAUGGCAUUGGAAACUCGCUGUUGACGUUUCAGGCCAACCCCCAAGUCAGCCAGCCUCAGCAGACACAGCAGACACAGCAGCCUCAGCAGACACAGCAGACACAGCAGAUACAGCAGCCACAGCAGCCACAGCAGCCACAGCAGCCACAGCAGCCACAGCAGCCACAGCAGACACAGCCGCCAAAGCAGACGCCACCGACACAACAGACUCAGUCGAUACAGCCGGCACAGCCGACACAGCCGGCACAGCCGACACAACAGUUCCAAACGACGUCAAAUGCGAGCAACAAUUGCGGCUACAAGACGCUUUUUCUCUGCAUUCCGUAUCUAAGGGCCGAUCGAAAGCUGGGCCUAUCGAAAAUUACCCAAUCGCAGCAGGUGGUUCCCUAUUUCCAAUCGGUUUCGCAAUUUCGAGAAUGGGUCCAGAGGCUCUUCCCCACUCACUACAUGCCUGCUGACAUGUAUGGCAUCACUCUCGAUCCCUCGCAGUUGUCGGGCUCGGUUGAUUCCAUCUCCACCAAUCUUAUCCCUAUCACGCCUGCGUUCCAGGGUUCUCCCCACUGGUUUAUUUACAGCUAUUCACCUAAUUCGAUUGCGUCACCCCAAAACAUUGCCAAUAGCACACAUUCUCGAACUAAUCCUGCGAGACACCUCGCACCUCAGCAACAACAACUGUUUGGAAUCACUCAGCAAAACUGGAACCGGAUGGUGGACGUGUCGCGAAAGCACACAAAUAUUUAUGGCUUGAUGGAUAAACGACUGCAGGCGGUAGAGAAGGAGCUCGCUAGUCUCAAAUUCAAGCUAGGCGCUUUGGUUUCACUUGAGCCCCGUCAGGAAGCCGCUGAUCAGCACUGCAUCAAACUCGGCAACCGGAUAGAUCAGCUCCACAGCAUGUUGAACCAGAUGGGUGCAGAGGUCACCCAUACUGUCAACUCUCUUCAGAAUCGAGUUGAAUCCGCCCUAUCUCUUUCUGGCAACAACAACAACAACAACAACAACCACGCCACUAACGCUAACAACGCUGUGGUUACUCCAGAAAAGCGCGCCUAUCCUUUUGAAGAAGAACACUUGACGAAAAGACGCCGAAGCGAGCAUUCUAAUAAUAUUAUGUUUAACUCCGAGAACGGGUUUGUUCCUCCGCCCAUCUCGCGUAUGUUGAGCGAGUUGAGAAAGUUUCCCACAUUGACGUGUGUAAAUCCCAACUCCAAGAUCACUGCUCGGUUUGCAGUCAUGGAUGGCAAGUGUGUCUUGUUGGCAGGCUCCGAGGACAAGUGGGAGUUUGGGUUUGACGACGACGAUGUGGGAGGCAGUGAGCCAGUCCACACGUGUGACAACGCAAACAGUUCUGCCAAGGCUUCUCCCGAAAUUACCACUCAAACGAGUAUCUCAAAUCCGAGCGCAAUAAUCGACGCUGGUAACUCUGCUCAGGCUUCACCCGUGGUUCAGACCUUCUCAGUCGCACAGUCCUCGCCUGUUAAUCCUGUUACCCAGUUGCAUCCUUCGGUACAUGCCCCACAACUACGAGGCCCUGUGAGCCCUGCAGCACGGGGUUCAUCGCCUCUGCUUGUCUACACUCAUACUCAUCAGUCUCCGACCGUGUCUUCUCCUUUAGUUCAGUGUGUGCACCCCCAGUCUCCCUCGGCUCCUGCCCCUACCUUGACGUCCGCUGCUGCUGAAAACGUGACAGUCCCUGCUUCCACUCCGGCAAUUCCUUCAGUCCCUGUGGGUGCCCUUUCUCAAGCAAAUGCCACUGGUGGGUACGUGGAAGUACCCUCUCCCGUUGAGAAGGCCGCGCCCACUCUUCCUGCAGCUGCGAACCAGGAGUUGAACAACCUGUCACCUGAACCCGCCCUGGCUCCCGUCACUGUGGAGACCCCCACAGCUGACCGUGCUAGAAGCGGCUCUGAGCCUGUCUCUGGGGCCAAGCAAGUGACAGCAUCCGAUCAAGCCUCUACAGCUGCUGCACAUGGUCGUGUUUCUGAGCCGGCUGCUUCCGAUCCUGCCUCUCAAGCAGCUGCUUCUGACCGUACUUCUAAGGUAUCUGCCUCACCAGUGGUGACUUCCGCCUCAGACAUGCAUAUGCGACGAAACGAGGCCCGUAAACAGCGCCAGCAGCUUUUGGAGCAGGAGAAGCGUAUCUCUGACUCUAUCACGGCGUCGUUCGCUACCACAGAGAACUCUCCCGCUAUCGCUCCUACUGCACCACCUCCUCGUCCUCACUUCUCUCAGUUGGAUGAGCGCACUCUCGAAAGGAACAGGGAAAGAGCCGAAGAGGAACAUUUGGAGCGAGAAGAACGUGAGCGACGGGAGAUGGUACAGCGAGACGUGCAAGGACGUCGUAAGGCUGCUCAGAAAGCUCAGGCCCGUGCCAAGUCCCAACUUGCGGAUGAACAUGCUGCCCGGGAAGCUGCACACGAACUUAUUCACGCCCGAGUUGCUGCUGAAAGGAAGCGUGCUACCGUUGAGGAGGCUGCUAGGAAAGCGCGUCUGCAGGCCGAAGCCGAGAGACAGAGAGAGGAAGAGGCUGAGGCUGAAGCGGCACGGCAGCUGGAGCAGCGGGUGGUAGAACGGCGGAGGAAAGAGGUUGAACAACAAAGGAAGGAGCAGGAGGCCGAGGCUGAGCUUCGGGGAGUUGCUGAGACUGCAAAGUCUGUGCAAGAGGCUAGCAGCAAGCUUUCUAAUAGGAUCAAGAAGACAAAUCAGGCUCGCGAUGUUGCCGCAGCCAUAAUCCAUCGUCUGAACGGCAACAAGGACGAUGAAGAGAGUGGAUCGCAGUCUGGUCGCGAACAAGAAACAACUCCAGUGGCAUCUGACGCCUUUUCCCAGUCAGCUUAUCCGCAGGCUACUACUGCUGAAUAUGCUUCCAGUGCUACCGACACUGCUUCGGCUUCUACAGGGUCGUCUAUGAAGGAGCGAGCUGAGAAGAUGCGCCAGUUGCGAGACAAGCAGAAAACCAUGCAGCCUAUCAAGACAGAAAUGAACUCUGCGACUGACAAUGAGGCCAAUGAUAAGUCUGUCAGAUCCAGCAAGCUGUCCGAGAAGUCUACCGAAGGACAAAGGAAGAAGAGGAAGAGUGUGGACGAGAGCAGCGGAAAGCGAGCGGAGACUCUGGGAAGGCAUAUCGAAGACGCUCAGAAGCGUCCUGACGGCGUCAAAAAGCGACCCGACGUCACUAAGAAGAUUGUAUCCAAGAAGGGCAUCUCCAAACGCGCUCCUUCCACUGCCAAAAUGAGUAUGUUUGAGCGUCUGAAGAAAGGCAUUCCUGGCGAGAUCCCGCCACCUCCUCCACCGCCUCCUAGGUCUUCUAAAAAGGGCAACAAGCGUAAUUCCAAGGAGAAGAGUAAACUCGCAGUGUCUUCUGAUUCUUCGUUGUCAGAUGCCAUCUGGAUCGAUAUCAGUGAUUAA